AUGCGGAUAUUACCUUGCAAUCAAUUGUGCCAAGCGACUUUGUGUGUGAUGGGUUCACGGUUAGAGGCAAAAAUCGAGAAAUGUUUGGAAGUCGGGGAGUUCUACGAGGCGCACCAAAUCUACCGGACGCUCUACUAUCGGCUCUCAAACGCAAAGAAAUACGAGGAACUUCUGAGUUUGUUGGCUAAUGGCACCGAAAACAUGAUGAAAGCAAAUCAGGCAACAAGUGCAAUCGAUUUGGCCGAGCUUUACGCGGAUUCACUUCUUGUAUCAAAGGCAACGGCAGGAGAAACAACACUUUCAACUAUUGCAAAGAUUUUCUCUAUUUUGCCUUCUCAUUUUGGUGAUAGUGAUGGUGAAAAGCAUCCACAGGAAGACAAGAGGACGAAAUUUGUUUCGAAGCUGAUUACUUGGUCUCAAAGCAUUGCAACAACAAAGUGGGAAACGAAAAGAGGACUAACGGCUCUACACGCACGUCUUGGUGCAGUUCUACGCAAUGAAGGAUCCCUCGAAGCUGCCAGGAAGCAUUAUCUACUUGCUGACAAACCUGAGGAAAUGGCUUCAUUGGUAGUACAACUGCAAACGACUGAGGGUUACUCAUCGGAAAUCGAUCUCUUCCCUGUUUUGGUUGCAUUCCAGUUGAUUUGUCUUCGACGAGUACGUGUUGCGGGUCUUUUCCUCUCUGAAUAUUGCAGAAUUCAUCCAAAGAUCGCGUCUACCGCUCAACCAUAUCCAUUCCCGUUGUUGAACUAUGCUACAUUCCUUAUUCAGGCUAUUCCUAAGCACAACACGUCACACUUCGCAAUACUCCUCGAGAAAUACGAGCCAGCAAUUAUGAGUGAACCCGGCUUCCGGCUAUAUAUUGACAAGAUCGGUCAAAUGUACUUUGGUCUGCCACCUCCUCGUGCAGCUGGUCCCGGUGGCCUUUUAGGCAAUUUGUUUAAAGGACUCCUCGGCGAACCAGCUGAGAAGAAAGACGAUUCGGAAGAUGAGGAUGAGUAUUGUGCUGAACCAAUGGAGGAGGAUGAUUAUGACACAGCACCAGAAGAUGAAUCAAAGACCGUCCAAAAGUCAUCGACUUCUCGAAAGCCGCCACCAAGUGCAGCCUCAAAGAUGCAAGACAACUACGAUGACCUCGAU